UCAGCGCUAAGUUUUGUUUGGCAUCCAUCUAAGUUUGUACCAUCAGAUUUCAAUUUAUGUUUGCCAAUCGAUUAACUAACUGACCAUCUUCUAAGGUGAAAUUGUGUCUUACCUGUUUAGCUAUUUGAACCAACUGUUAUCUGAACCAGAACUAAUUUUCAAGAACCUUAUUUUCAAAAAUAAUUAUCAGAAACAGUUUGUCUUCGCCUACACUAGGAUGAGUGGUCACGAAGUCAUGUCUUUUACCUCUCGGAACAUUCUGUUACUUUCCUUGUGUCUGUUGGCUUUGAUAAGUUUGCAUGGAUCAGUUGUUCAAGCAGGCACAGUUACCCAUCCCCUGCUUUUCAUACCAGGUGAUGGAGGAUCAAAACUGUAUGCGAAACUGGACAAGCCAUCGAAUCCCAAUGAUCACUGGUACUGUUCUAAGGAGACAGACUGGUACCUGUUCUGGAUGUCGUACGGGGUGUUUGUGAACCCACUGCCGAGAAACUGUUUCCUGGACAAUAUCGAACUGGUGUUCAACUCGACUGACAACACAACCAGCAACCAGCCUGGAGUCCAGAUCAAAGUGGACCCGCCCGGAAGCACAGAUGGAAUAAGAUACCUGGAUAAGUUUGACGUAAUCAACUACUACGGCAAAAUGAUCUCCCACUUCGAAGACAAAGGCUACAAAGCAGGAAAGGACUUGAUGGGUUUGUCGUAUGACUUCCGCAAAUGUCCCAACGAGAAACAGGAUGUCCUGGACUCCAUGAGGAGUCUGACAGAGCAGAUGUUUGUGGACAACCAGAACAAGAGUGUCUUCAUCAUUUCUCACAGCAUGGGAGGACUAUUCACCAAGGCCUUCCUAGAACAACAAUCGCAGCAGUGGAAGAACACUUAUUUGGCCGGCUGGAUUUCCAUUGGGACUCCAAUGUACGGAGCCUCUUCCUCCUACGAAAUGUACGCCUCAGGAUACAACUUCGGAGUGCCCAUUCUACCCUCCGAACCCCUGAAGUACGCCCAGAGGUCAUACACGUCCUCGGCCUGGAUGCUUCCCAACCCAGACUUCUGGGAUCAGAGCGAGCCCAUAAUCCAGACACCCACGCGCAACUACACAGUGCUGGACUACAAUGUGUUUUUCAAAGACAUAAACUACACGCUGGGUCCCACUGUGUUCGAACUCACUCACUCAAUUCUGGAUCUGAAUUCUGCCCCUGAUGUGAAUCUGGUCUGCAUUUAUGGAGUUGGAGUAUCUACAGAAGAGCAAUACAUAUACGACUCCAGUUUCCCAGACAAAGUGCCAAUUGAGACUGUGAAGGGGGACGGAGACGGGACAGUGAACUACCAGUCUGCAGUCGGCUGUGGCAACUUCAAACGGAACCCUGGACAGACGAAGCCGGUGAUGGAGAAGAGUUUCCAGGGAGUGGACCACGAUGGACUCCUGCAGAGCAGUGAUGUCAUCGAUUACGUCGAUAAAAUCGUGUACACGACAUUAUGAGGAAUGAAUUAGGCAAAAAACUGAAGCCGAAAUUUGAACAGUGUGCCGUUUCCUUUCCAUAAAAUUCACAAAUGGAUCUGGAGUGGUUUGAAUGGACGAACUUAGUAAUGACAGCAAAACGCCAAAAAGCACAUUGGCACAUUGAUUUUAUUUCAACAGAGGAGAAACAGAUUAUAUUAUUUGAUCUCACUUUCAUAUUGCUUAAUUAGAACAAAAAAAUGCUCAUAAGUGUGUCAAAG